AUGAGCCUCCAAGACCUCGCCCCCGUCAACUCCCAGCGCGCUCUACAAACCGCAAUCAACGCCUUCGGGCGCUUCGUCGCGGCCCAAGGCGUCUCCAUGGACUUCAUCGCUGCCUCUCUCGCAGAUGAUGAGAGUGGGGCUGUGUUUGUGAAGCUCAUGGACCGCUUUGGCGUUCACCUCGCCUUCGUCGAAGGCCGAGGAGGGAAGCCGCUGGCCAAGAACUCGGUCAUGAGCUACUACCGCCAUGUCAAGAACUGGCUGCUCGACACCUGCCCGACCCACCGAGCCACCAUCGAGAAGAAACUACUCAAGAUGGGACAGACGCUCGAGCGCCAU